UCCUCCCCGCGCCGGGCCAUGGCGGGGCGGCUGCUGCGCGGCUGCGGGCGGGCGGCCUGGCCGCCCGGCUGGGCCUGGGUGUCCCGCGGCUUCCCCGCCGCUCCCGGGCUGUGCCGCGGCUGCGGGGAGGCGGCGGGGCUGCGGGCCAUGGGUUUCAGCGAGGAGCACGCCCGGCGGCUCCUGGGGCUGCAGCCCCGGCUCGGGCCCCAGCGCCUGGAGGCGGCGGCGGCGCAGCUGCUGCUGCUGGGUCUGAAAAGCGAGGCCGCCCUCGGCCUUCUGGAGCGGAGCCCGGAGCUGCUGCGGAUGCCGACGGAGCGGCUGCGGGAGCGGGCGGGAGAGCUGCGGCGCCUGGGGCUGGACGGAGGGCAGCUGCAGCGGGCGCUGAGCCGCUGCCCCCAGCUCCUCACCCUGCCCCGGAGGAGGAUGGCGGCGGCCGUGCGGCUGCUGCGGGAGCGCUGCCUCUUCACGGCCGAGCAGCUGAAGGAGGUGCUGAGGACCUGCCCCGGCGUCCUGCUGGAGGAGCCGCGCCAGCUCCACCACCACUUCCAGUACGCCUACUUCAGGAUGGGGAUCCAGCAGAAGGAGAUGGUAAAGGCCCGGCUUUUCCAAAUGCCCUUUGCCGAGCUCAGGAACCGGCACAUCUUCCUAGAGCGCCGGGGGCUCUACCAGACACCGUACAAAGGCCAGACCCAAACCAGUAACCCGAAACUAAAGGACGUCCUUCAGCUCCCAGAAAAAGACUUCCUGGCCAGCCUGGCCCGCUCUACCGUGGAGGAGUAUGAGGUCUUCAAGAAGCUGCUGGCUCGAGAGGAGGAGGAAGAAGAAGAGGAGAAGGAGGAGGAAGAAGAGGACACAGAUGCACUAUACACAGAGGAAGACUAAGGCUUGGACACGGAAAGAUGUAAACCAGCCCAGGAGUGAGGAGGUGAGGUUCCAGGGUGCCUGAACUCUCCCAUUCUGGCCCCACUGCACUCACAGGUGCUCUGGGCCUUGACCCCACACAGGUAUAAGCCACGGUGGCUUCAGGACUCUGUGGGGCCCUUCUGAGGGGCAGCAAUAAAUCCCAUCUAUCAGAAUACAACAGUAA